AUCCGCAUUCGCGCAUCUGCAUCCGCAUCCGAGACGCUGCCCUACUCCCCCUGCCAGGCUACCAGCAGCAGCUUGGGCUUCCCUACUCUUCUCGUGUCGCCGCCGCGAGCCAUGGGAUACUCCAAGGACGAACUCCUCGCGCGCCUCGAGGAGCUUAAGAUUGAGUUUACGUGCUAUGGUCACCCGGCUGUGUUGACAGUCGAGGAACAGGCCAAACAUGUGGGGAAUUUUGGAGGUGCUUUGAGUAAAAAUCUACUUUUGAAGGACAAGAAGCACCGGUUGUAUAUUGUUUCUGCACUUGCUGACACCAAAGUUGACAUGAAAAUUCUUUCCCAGCGUCUUGGUUUGGGAAAAGGUGGUCUACGAAUGGCUCCUGAGGAAAAUUUGCAGCAAGUACUUCAGGUACCGUUAGGGUGUGUUACUCCAUUUGCGCUAUUUAACGAGUCCGCAAGUGCUGUUUCACUAUUACUGGACCAAGGGUUUAAGUCUAAAACGAGCUGCUACUUCCAUCCACUAACAAAUGAUGUGACUAUUGCUCUCAACUCAAGCAACCUGGACAAGUUUCUCAUCUCAAUUGGGAAGGAACCAGCUUAUGUAGACUUGGAGGCCUCACCAGCGGUAGGUAAAGAUAAUCCUCCUGAUCUAGCAGAUUUCGUGCCGUCUGGUGCCCUAAAUUCAUCAGAACCAGUUGAGAACAUGACACCUACACCUGCUCCUCAACGCAAUAACGUGCCCAAAGAGAAAACACCAGAAGUGAAAGCUAAGCCCAAAGUUCAGAACAAGGGGGCAGAAAAACCAGAGAGUAAAGUAUCUGCAAAUGGUACAAAUGUUGAUAAAUUUGUAAAUGAUGUGUUUGACAUUAUCUCCCCUUUGUUCCUGUCUGAGGUAUCAAAGAAAUUGAAUAUUAAGCCGGAAGAGCUUUCUCCAAUAGUAGAUGACUUAAGAGGACGAGCUGCUCCAGACCUGGAGAGUUUAACGGGUAUCCUGAAGGGUGCAUCAUACACCGCAGGAUUUCACGCUGGUUUUGAGACUUUUCGCGAUUUUGGUUUAAGCGGAAUUCCCUCCAAGAAAUAAGUAGGUUCAUUUGAUACAAGUGACUAAGUUUGAUUUAGUUGAUUUUGUAUGCCCCGAAGUGUAACAUCAAAGGAAAUUAUAUGAUUAUCAUGUUGGAUGUUCCCAUUGAUCUAUCAGUCAGCUCUUUGUGGUUUGCUCAA